CAAUUUUGCUUCACUUGGUGAUGCAGUUGUGAACUACACUAGUAUUGUUCAGUUGAAAAACGGUCAAAUUCGCGGUUCAGUAAUUGAUGCAGGGGAUGGCCUUCAAGUAGAGUUUUAUGAAGCUAUUAAGUUUGGCAAAGCCGACCGUUUCAAAAAACCCUCACCAGUAAACUCGUGGACUGGCGUCUACAAUGCUACUUCCGCCGGCAAAAAUUGCAUUCAGUUUCGCAUUCCAUCCAAUGACAGCACCGCCAGUGAAGACUGUCUAUUUCUUAAUGUGUGGAAGAAAAGUGGUUUUUCGGGUUCUUCACAUUUGCUGCCAGUGAUGGUGUGGAUAUACGGCGGUGCCUUUGUAGUGGGAGGCAUCUUCGGUGACUAUGAUGCUCGGUACAUUGCCUCUCUGGGUGAUGUCAUCGUGGUCACCUUCAACUAUCGCCUUGGGCCGCUGGGCUUUCUCACUGAUGGCCAGAGUGAUUCGGUGCCGCCAAAUCUAGGACUGCAUGAUCAGGUUCUUGCCCUUAAAUGGGUCCAGGAAAAUAUUGCCGGUUUUAACGGCGACCCGCAACUGGUCACCAUUUUCGGCGAGUCAGCCGGCGCCCAGUCAGUGGGCGCCCUGGUGGUGUCACCACUCGCCAAAGGCCUUUUCAAACGAGCCAUCGCCCAGUCAGGGUCGCCCUCGGUGAACUUUACCGUUAUCACAAAGGAACAAGCAGUAGAACGCACUAAAGUGUAUGGGAAAAAGCUAAAUUGCACCUCAAUUCAGUUAGAAGAAGUGGUCAAGUGCAUCAGCAGAAAAUCGGUGGCGCAAUUGCAGGCGGCCACACUGACGGACAUGCCAACGUAUGAACUCUUCUUUCCGGUGUACGGCGCCGACGAGCUGCUGCCGCUUCACCCGAGCGCUGCUUUGCUGCAGAAUGGAAGCAGUAGCACUGGUUUCCACCAGAUCGACUACAUGUACGGCUUCACCCGAGACGAGGGCAGCUUCUUUCUGCUGCAGAAGUUUCCCGAACUGGCACUGGCGACGACCAGGCUGACGGUCAACUCCACCCGGCAGUACAUCACUCAAAUGAUGGCCUCUGAUGGACGCAGUGAACGGGUGGGAGAAGAGGUGGCCCACUUUUACCACCGCCACCUUCUGCCGCCCAGUCCAACGCAGGAGCAGCUGCGAUCGAUGUUAGUUUCUGUGUGGAGUGACUCGCUGAUGGUCUGUCCGUCGAUGCUCUUCGGCGAACAGCUGGCACGGGCGCAUUCUCGGUCAGCCUCAGCCCUCGGCAAGGUCUUCGCCUACCGUCUGAUGCAGUCUGGGCCGGUGGGCGCUGCUCUACCCGCCUGGAUUGGCGUUCCCCAUGGGGCUGAUCUCUACUACCUCUUUCAGUACGGAAAGACGCGUUCAGUGCAAGCGGAUAACGACUUGGCCCGUUACAUGAUCAAAAGCUGGACCAGUUUUGCUCGUACCGGUCAGCCGAACAGUGGCAAUUGGCUGGAAGCGGUAAAUCGAAGAGAUGGCGAUUUCUUCACCAAGUACAUGCAUCUUGAAAUGAAUCACUUUAAAAUGGUUCAAAAUGAAUACUUUCGAAGUGUUUGUCAGUUUUGGAGAAAGUAUAUUUUUGACUGA